UGUUAACCGCCACCGCGAAAGGACUUUUUCAAACACUCGAAAAACAAGGCAACAGUCAAUGCAAAAGCUCUCUCGUUAUCCUCGGAAGCGCGAGUGUUCAGUUAUUUUGCGCGAAUAAAACAGCUGUUUAAAUACGAAGCCAAACGAGUUGCUGUAAUUAGUGCGUUAAUAAAUUUACCUUAAAAUGAGUGUGAAAGACAUUUACUACUCUGAUAAAUACUACGAUGACGAGUUCGAGUACCGACACGUCGUCCUGCCAAAGGAUAUCGCUAAACUAGUGCCAAAGACCCAUCUUAUGACGGAAACCGAAUGGAGGUCAAUCGGAGUGCAACAGUCCCGUGGAUGGAUACACUACAUGAUACAUCAACCUGAACCGCACAUCCUGCUUUUCCGACGGCCAAUCACGAAGGCCGAAUGAUGUAGGUACUAGGAGUUUGAAUCAUGUCAUCCCGGACAGAACGUCUCCACGGCAACACUGCGGAGAUCCUUAGAACAUUCUGGAAAUAUUCGUAACGAUCCUGCUCAGACUAACUAUAGGUCUAGUUACGUGUGUCUUAUUUUACUGUCGUCGUUUUCGGUUGUCUCAGUCGUGAUUGUGGAUCCAAAAUGUCAAUCGUAGAUUUUUUUAUAAACCAGUCGAAGACGAAGACAGCAAGUAAAAAUAGGUAAGCGACGUUAGGAACAAAAAAAUUGUACAGAAACUUUAGUAAUAACUUGUGCCACCACGCUCGUCUCUCAGCCAGAAACAACACAAAAAAGGUGUUUGUGCCUUCUUCCUCUAUGAAAAUAAUACAAAAGUAUUUAUAAGGUUAUUUUAAUAAUAAUAUAAUAUUUUUAAACUUA